UAUCUGAUGGACCCUAACAUUUGGCGAAGCUCCCAGCGGUUGGACGAGGCGCUCUGUAAUCUCUUCAUUCCCGACUCGAUAGCUAUUGUUUCAAUCUCUGGUACCAACGCCCCAGAACGAAAGAUAAAGCUGUUUGGGACUUGGGAGUGCAUUUUAUAGCCAGAAUUGUUGGGUAUGGCUUGCAGGACUGUGUGCCCUCAUAAUUAUGGGUUUGUGAAUAAAUGCCCCAUUUCUACAGGGGUUUUGGGAAAGGGAAAACACAGAGCAAUCAGCAGUAGCAAGUAUAAGAUGGGUGUGCGAUUGGUGGUGAGGGCAGCUGAUAUUCUGGGAGAUUUUGGAGCCAGAGAUCCCACUACAGCAGAAGUGGAGAGUAACUUUGGAGAAAAUGUGGUGGGUAAUUUUGGAACUGAUCAUAAAAUCCUGGUUCCCAAUGUCUCUGCACUAUCCCUGGCUCAUAUGACGUGUCACCCAAUUCAAUCUAAUCAGCCUCCCAUAUCCCGCCAUGAGGCUACUGGAUUGCUAAGGAAGGUCGUAGGGUGGAGAUUAAAUGAGGUGGAUGGAGGGCUGAGAUUGGAGUGCUUGUGGAAGGUGAAGAGUUUUGCAGCUGGGAUAGCGCUUCUUCAAAGAAUUGGUUCGGUAGCUGAGGCCGCAAACCACCAUCCUGAUCUUCACCUACAAGGGGGUAACUCUUUCACAGUGAAAGCUCAGUUAUGGACCCAUUCCAUAGGUGGGCUGAGUAUAAAUGACUUCAUUGUUGCUGCUAAAAUAGACCAGAUUAAUAUAUCAGACCUUGUCCCUAGAAAAAGAGUUUGGGCUUAGUUCUUUGCUUCAAUAUGUGGUUCUGGUAAGACUUUAAGAUGGAAGAAAUAGCUGAUUUCAAGCUUUAGUUUCACAAUGGUUGAAACCAGGUUUCUAAUAGAAAUGUAAGUUUUUCUAUUGGAGAAGAGAACCCACAUCUAUCGAUUCAGUUAUGAAACUGCUCUCUUUAAUGGCACCCAGAAAACUAUUCAUUUACUCUAUAAUUUAUUUAUUGAGGCUGAUUUCUUUGGGACA